AUGAGGACAAAAAGUAAAAGAGAUAAAGUUAGGGCGUUCCCCAUAAGCGACGAACCAAGAAAAAUGAAAAACUCAAGAACAAGUAAAGCAAACAGUAAAAUGAAAGUUAGAAUCGGAACCUGGAACAUAGGAAGUCUCACUGGACGAAGCAAGGAACUUGCCGAAGUUUUGAAAAGAAGAAACAUAGAUAUAUGUUGCAUUCAGGAAGUGAAGUGGAAAGGAGCAAAUGCACGUCAAAUUGGUGAAGGUUAUACAGUGGUGUACAAUGGGUACGGCACUAAAAAUGGUGUAGGAAUAGCGGUGAACGAAAAAAUGUGCAAUAACAUAAUUCAAAUAAAACGCAUAAACGAUAGACUUAUGUACGUCAAGAUUAUUAUAGAAGAAAAUAUAUUUAACAUUAUAAGCGCUUACGCCCCUCAAACAGGAUGUGAUAGUCAAACUAAGUUGAUAUUUUUUGAAUGUUUGGAGGAAACAUUGCAAUCGUUACCAUUAAAUGAAAGUACAAUCUUAUGUGGUGACCUAAAUGGGCAUAUAGGAAAGAUAAAUGUCACUAACAACCCAAGUCAUGGCGGAUUUGGCUAUGGACAAAUUAACUAG